AUGUCAAUCAGAUCCCUGAAGAGGUCAUUCAUGAAAUGUUGGAAGGCAACAGGGGUAUUGUUAAGGGUUGUAUUGCGUAUAGUUCGCAUCAGACGCUAUGGCAGACGCCAGAUCACGCAAAUCAUCAAUGGCCUCACUUGCAUCAAGGCAGGCAUCCCCUCUUAUACUCCAGCCACACUAGAAGGACCUUCCGACGCACCUACAAGUUGCACAAGGGUCGAACUCCGUCCAGAAAUCCUCUGGCAGCAAGAGGAUGCUACAAAACUCGAUCACCUACACAGAUAUCUCAUAGGCAACAAUGCCAGCAGCAGAUCACAACCUCCAGCGCUCCACAGACUCCUGGAGAAGAACACAGGCCAUCUUAUCAGCCAUCUAGAUGCUUGGAAACAAACCAUGUUGCAGGAUCAACACAGAUCCACACACACCUCCCAGAAGAGUCUUCACAGUCAUAGACAACACCCCCAAGGCCCCUUCUGGCUCAGGCAGCUCAGGCAACAGGACUUCUUAGUCCCUAUCAAGGAUGAGCCUGACCCAAAAGGAAAAAGGGUCAAAUUGGAGUCACCAGAACCACCUAAAGCAACCCAAACACCUCCUGGGCAAUCCCACACACCCAGGAACACCUUGACCACAAUCCAGAGCAGCCUUACAUCAGGCCAACACCUGUAG